AUGGGUAUACCAGUUUGGUUUCGUUUGAAAGGUGGACCAAUAGUUUCGUCGGCGGUAAUGUCUGAAGCAAGAAGCAAACGAGCUAAUCCCGAUGAUGAUUUCAAAAAUAUGGAAUUCGAAACAUCUGAAGAUGUGGCCGUCCUUCCCACUUUCGACUCUAUGGAUUUGAAUGAAGAUCUUCUCAGAGGUAUCUACGCCUAUGGAUUCGAACGACCCUCUGCAAUUCAGCAGCGUGCUAUUAAACAGAUAGUUAUUGGAAAAGAUGUUAUAGCUCAAGCUCAAUCAGGAACCGGCAAGACAGCUACCUUGGCGAUUGCAUCAUUGCAAGUUUUGGACACUCAACUUCGUGACACACAAGUGCUGAUUCUAUCACCUACUCGGGAAUUGGCGUUGCAAAUCCAGAAGGUUAUUCUGGGAUUGGGAGAUUUUAUGAAUGUGCAGUGUCAUGCUUGUUAUGGUGGAACUAAUGUAGGUGAAGAUAUAAAAAAAUUGGAUUACGGUCAGCACAUUGUGUCUGGAACCCCUGGUCGGGUAUUUGACAUGAUUAAGAGGCGGAAUCUUCGCACGAGAACUAUCAAAUUGCUGAUAUUGGAUGAGGCGGAUGAGAUGUUGGAUAAGGGCUUCAAGGAGCAGAUUUACGAUGUAUAUCGUUAUCUACCUCCUGGAACUCAAGUGGUAUUAUUGUCAGCCACUAUGCCGCAUGAUAUUCUCGAGAUGACUUCCAAGUUCAUGACGGAUCCCGUCCGUAUUCUCGUCAAACGUGAUGAACUUACUUUGGAGGGAAUAAAGCAGUUCUUUGUUGCUGUGGAGCGAGAGGAGUGGAAGUUCGAGACCCUGUGUGAUCUCUAUGAUACCCUGACGAUUACGCAGUCAGUGAUAUUCUGCAACACUCGUCGUAAGGCCGAGUGGUUGGCUGAGAAAAUGCGAAAG